AUGGAUCCUAUUCCGACAUUAGGAGCUGGAAGAAGCCUUAUAAGAGUUAGCUCAGGAUCUUGGACUAGCAUCAUUGCUAAUUUCUCAAUCUGGCAAAAACUCUCUGAAAUUUCAGACAUUCCAAUUACAAUUGAGUCACUCCAAAGCAAACUUCCUUCCAGUUCUGAAGUUCCAGAUCCAGUUAGCAGUAUGGCAGUUGUUCCUUUCACAUUCAAUCCUCCAAUUUCAAGUUCAUAUGCAUUUGUAAGUCUUGGUGACCCUGAGUUUCAAUCUCUGGCUAGCAUGUUAUCUUCUCCUCGUCUUAAUCUUCACAAUCAUGCUCAUGUUUUACAACUUUUGGCUUUUGAAAUUGAAGAAUUAGCAAAACACUCCAGAGACAAUCUCAAUUCCAUUUGGGAGUUUGCUAUGUUUUACAACCAGUGGCUCUAA